AUGGAAGGCGGAAAUGCGACCAGUACUGGCCAAGCUCACCAAAUACUCCUCAAACCUCAUGGGUCCUACCAAAUAAGUCUUGUCAGCGAAGUCUCAAACACACAUUUUGUUCACCGAAUUCUUAGCCUUAGAAUAGCCAAAUGCGUACCACCGACGGAGCGACGAGUCCAUCAGUUGCACUUCAAAGGUUGGCCCGACCACGGCGUUCCAGAUACAGUAUUUCCACUUCUUACCUUCAUGCACUACGUAGCCGAGAUUCAUUCAACAGGACCGAUAGUUGUGCACUGCAGUGCCGGUGUUGGACGAUCUGGUUCCUAUAUUUUGGUUGACAGCAUGCGACGUCAUCUGAUCAGUUUCCGCAAGUUAAACCUUAUGGGACAUCUCAUUCAUAUGCGAAGGCAAAGAGAGAAACUCGUCCAGACAGUGGAGCAAUACAUCCUGUGCCAUGAAGCCGUGCGACAGCUCAUCCGUCACGGCAUCACGCGAGUUCAUGCUGACCUCUUCCAAAGAUAUCUCAACUACCUCGGUGAAGAGAAUGUGAAUGGAAAGACUAGAAUGCAGAUGCAGUAUGAGGAUCUUUGCGAAUGUCAUCAUAAUCCUCCGUGUUCUCCACCUGUCGACUAUAUAACGCUGCCGGGUUACCAUCGAGCAGAUGAAUUUCUUGUUGCCAACUGGCCGAAGGAAUGUGUGGAAUUAUGGCAGCUUGUCUGGUCGCAUAACUGUCAAACACUGGUGUUAUUAGGUAAAAGCGCCUUUCGGUUUUUCAGUUCAAUUCUUAUUUAA